UCAAAUCACGUCUUCUCAACCUCUGUUUCUCAUUCUGCCGUCGAACAAUGGCUCUUCUUUUAUCAUAUAAGCCCCAAACAGUCGUGUUCAUGAUCUUGAUGGUGUCUUGCACAGCAUCCACUGCAUCAUUUUCCCCUCAACCUUGCAAGCCAACUUUUCCACAAAAAUCACUUCCACUAUACGAGAAAGACAUUGAACUGUUGCAGUUUCCAGUGAAUCUAGAGUUCUUGGAAGCAGAAUUUUUCUUGUGGGGUGCCUUGGGCCGUGGACUCGACGUGGUUGAGCCUGAAUUGCCCAAUGAAGGUCCUCCUCCCAUCGGUGCCCAAAAAGCCAAUCUUGAUCUUCUUACAAAGAACAUUAUCACUGAAUUUGCCUAUCAAGAAGUUGGCCAUCUCAGGGCGCUUAGAGAUACGGUAGGUUUGUUCCCAAGGCCACAGCUGGACCUCCGUGCUGAAAACUUUGCAAAGCUCUUUGAUGAAGCAUUUGGAUACAAACUCGACCCUCCGUUCAACCCCUACAGUAACAGCCUCAACUACAUGUUGGCAUCUUAUGUAAUUCCCUAUGUAGGACUAGUAGGCUAUGUUGGCACAAAUCCCUUACUCCAAGGCUAUCGAGCCAAGCGUCUUUUAGCCGGACUUCUAGGAGUUGAAUCAGGCCAAGAUGCAGUAAUCAGAAUGUAUCUCUAUGAACGAGCUAAAGAAGUGGUGUACCCUUACAAUCAAACAGUUGCUGAAUUUACUAUUCGCAUUUCAAAGCUGAGAAACAAGUUGGGCAAGGAUGGCAUCAAGGACGAAGGGAUCUUUGUCCCACUGAAGCUAGGCGCUGAAGGACGGACUUCAAGCAACGUUUUAUCUGCCAAUUCCUACUCUAUCUCAUAUGAGAGGGGUCCAGAGGAGAUACUGAGGAUUGUUUAUGGCACUGGUAAUGAGCAUGUUCCAGGAGGAUUCUAUCCUAAGGGAGGCAAUGGAAAGAUUGCCAGAGAAUUCCUCAAGAAAUACUGAAAGAAUAAAUAAAUUCUUGUGCCUCAGUUCAAAGAGUCUGCCCCGUUAUUUGGCACGGAGGAUUGGGGUUACCACAACUUGUUUCAUUUCAUCUUUUUUCAUGUUGCUGAUGUUUUCUAAAUAAUGUAAGGCAAAUCCACCUGAUUGUCCGUAAUUGUCGGAUGAAUCAUGAAGAUUUAUGUUACUGUACGAGUAUAAAUCUUUGAUAAAUCAGAGUCCAAACAAUCUUUGCCA